GAGUUUGUGAAUGGAUAUUUUUAUUAUUAGGAUUCUCGAUCUCGACAAACUCAUAAUAAUCGGCAUUUUUGCUUGUAUUUCUUAUCCAUAUGCGCUAGAAUGACAACACUUCUAUACUGACUACAUGGUUUUGGAACUCAUCAUAUCCAAGUGAAGUAAAAAUGUCUGAAUCAUGUAGGAAAACGAAGAAAACAGUGUCAAAAUGACACAGCUACCGACUCUGUGCAUGGUCAAUUAUGACCAGGAAGAACCACCGGGUUUUCGAUACCGCUUGCCCCCAGAACUCGGGCGUCGACGUCGGGGGAAUCCGGACUCCUCGCCCCGACACGCCUUCUCUCUUCCGAACUCGCCGAGAUGUGCCCGGGUUCGAAGUGCCUACGGCCGGGGGCACUCGACAGCAUUUCCCGCUGGUCAGAGACAAAGUCUAUUAACCUCAAAAGAUGACUCUUACACAACUCAGACAAAAAACAGCUCUAACUUGCCGAACACCCUCCGAGAGAGACGUCGAUCGCAGAGCCAGGACGCCCUCCCCCUCAUCUCCCGGGAAGCAUUCAACUCACGAACGCCCAACAACAGCAUGGUGGAUCCCCUGAGCAGGGAGUCUCGGAUGGUGAAAGUGAACCCUUCCUAUACUCAGCUACCCCCUCUAAAGACAAUGGGAGAGACCAGUCUAACGGCUAAUGCCGAGUUACUCGACGGUCCCAUAUGGAAUGAGUAUCUGCAAGCAUGGGUCUCGCGAUCACAGGGUACAGCCUUUGCGUACAUCAGUUUUGCUGGUGCUUUUUCACUCACCGACCGAGGCAUAUAUGAUAUACGGCCCGAAUUUGAAGAUGCCGCUGUUGGCCCCUGCCCUCGUUUCUUUGCCCACAUGCACCGGGUGCCCCCACCCAAGAGCGAGACCAAGGAGGCACGCAAGCGGGUUAACAAGAAGCCAGAGUUCUGGACGUGGAAAGGUCGGACUCCAAUAUCGGUCCCAAAACCAAGGCCAAAAAGAAAAGUGUUUCCUAUUCACUUCUCACCUUGUCCUUCUUCUCACACCCUACCCACCCCGCCCUCCCGACCUUCCCCACUAACAGUGACCCCUGACUCGCUGAAGAAUGUGUCACCAGUUGACCUUUCACCCCAGGAAGUGGACAGCGAUGAUUUUCCCGUCCCACCAGUCAAAUUUUUGGAGAAGGUCCCCAGUAUCGAUGAAUAUGACAGCAGCGACUAUGGCUCUCUAUCCUCCGGACCAAGUACCCACGUGAGAAUAGAGUCUCAAUCGCAGCACUCUGCAAACUCUGCAGAUCAAAGUGCCCAUGCACCCGUAGUGAUGAUGUCUCCCCCGUCCUCACAUAGCAAUGGAGACAUCCAGAUCCUUGAUCACACGGGAGAGCCUUCCGCGGUGUCUCCACAACCCACAGUUAACUGUCUAUGCUCUGUGGAAGCAUGUACAUGCAAAAAGCGUGUUAAAACUCCACUGGAUCUUCUACGGCUUUCUAGCCAGCCGCACACCCCUACCACGGUGGCCUGGGAUGAAGUCUUCAGUAUGGCCGGCGGGGAUGGCCAAUUUGAGGAAGACGAGGACGGUAAUGUUGUGAUUCCCGACGCCUUUGAUUCGGCCAAUCUUGUCCCUCUUCUCUUUGCCAUUGAUUAUAUCGAGGUCCUUCAACCGGAAGUAUAUGGUGAAGCUGUGGAGACGAACGCCGGUGAACUUGCUAACGUCGGUGUAAUCAGCGGACUCCAGUUCAACGUUGACAAGCCACUGAAGAUCGAGAGACCGUGGAUACCCAGGAUUCUUGGACUGGAUAGGAUCAAGGUCCACAGCCCCCCUCCUGAUCCUAUUCCAACCCCCAAAGUUCCCACUCCGCCCCCUCCUAAAGAACCAACUCCGACACCACCACCCCCAACUCCUCCUCCACCGAAGUCGCCGACCCCACCCCCCAAAGAGCCAACUCCCCCACCUUCCCCUCCGAAGCCGAAACCAAAGCGUAAACCAGUCAUCAAGAAGACCAAGCCAGCCCCUCCGCCCCCUCCUCCACCACCAAAGACCCCCACUCCCCAACCCCCUACCCCCAAACCACCAACGCCCAAGGAACCGACACCUCAACCCCCGACCCCUACUCCACCUCCCCCGAAAGAGCCCACCCCUCCCCCACCUACACCACCGAAAGUGACCGUCGAGCCGCCAACGUUACCGCCUGUGAUCUAUCGAGAUCCAACACCUCUUCCUCCAAUAACUCCAUUUACGGUUCCAAAAUUGCCUACACCAGAACCAACACCCGAACCACCACCACCUGCUUCUCCCACACCCGCCCCCGCCACGCCCACGCCAGUACCCCCUACACCCUCACCGGAGCCCACCAGGAAGCCCCUUCCACCGGCUGCGAAGGACCCAGCAUUCCUGGCCGAGAUGGAGAGACAGCGUCUGGCCGAGGUGCGGAGGAUGAAGGCGAUGGAGGCCUUCGAGAGUCUGAAGAAUAAGAAGUUUGUGGUCAAGACUAAGCCCAUCCCUGAGGACUUGAACUUCAAAGAGUAUGGCUGGCUGGCCCAGUUCUGUAUAUUAAAAGAGGAGAAGAUCAGAAUGUACAGGAUGGCAUUUGAUACAGUUGAUGAAGAUGAAGAUGGAUUCUUAAAUCCCUUUGAGACGCUGAUGGCGUUGAAAGGCAUUACUGGUUCUUCCAAUUUGUCAGAGAAAGAAGAGGCUUAUAUCUUACGGGUUCUUGAUUUAGCAGAUUACAAUAUGUCACAUGGGACAGAUUUCAAGCUGUUCUCCCUUAUGGCUGCCCUAUAUCAAAAGAUAUCGUCAAUCGACAAGUUCGUCAAAAAUGUGAUUGAAAAGAUGGAUCUUCAGACGUUGGACUGGAAAAUAUUUCGUGCAAAGGAGCUGUUUAAUUGGUGCCUAGAUGAGAAGACAAGACAUUUCAAGAUGGACCGGUUGUUGAUCGAACUGAGAGCAGGUGGAGUUAGUCUGGAACAUCAGCAAGAGUGUGAGGACAUCCUAGGUCCUAAGGGUCCUAUGGACAUGCUAGACUUUCUCACCUAUCUGCCCCUCUUUAUUCUCAUGCAUGACUCGGUUGUUGACAAUCCUCUUGACAUGACCAUGGAUAAGUGAUGAGGGGACCGUAACAGAUUUCUGAGACACUCAGAAGAAGUCUGAGAUGUAUGAGACACCGUUUGUUGCAUCUUCAGGAGAAGUCUGACAUGUUUGAGACACUGAUUCUUUCAUGUUAAGGAGAAGUCUGAAAUGUCUGAGACACUGAUUGUUUCAUCUUAAGGAGAAGUCUGAAAUGUCUGAGACACUGAUUCUUUCAUCUUCAGGAGAAGUCUGAAAUGUCUGAGACACCCAUUGUUUCAUCUUCAGGAGAAGUCUAAAAUGUCUGAGGCACCGGAACUUCAUCUUCAGGAGAAGUCUGAAAUGUUUGAGACACUGAUUCUUUCAUCUUAAGGAGAAUUCUGAAAUGUUUGAGACACUGACACUUUCAUCUUCAGGAGAAGUCUGAAAUGUCUGAGACACCAUUUGUUGCAUCUUCAGGAGAAGUCUGAAAUGUUUGAGACACUGAUAUGUUUCAUCUUCAGGAGAAGUCUGAAAUGUCUGAGACACUGAUUCUUUCAUCUUAAGGAGAAGUCUGAGACACUGAUUCUUUCAUCUUAAGGAGAAGUCUGAAAUGUCUGAGACACUGAUUCUUUCAUCUUCAGGAGAAGUCUGAAAUGUCUGAGACACUGAUUCUUUCAUCUUAAGGAGAAGUCUGAGAUGUCUGAGGCACCAAAUGUUUCAUCUUCAGUAAGUCUGAAAUGUUUGAGACACCGAUUGUUUCAUCUUCAGGAGAAGCACUGCUCAAUGUCUCUUCCACCAUAAUCAUUUUAUCCAACAUGCAUGUAGACAAAGCCAUGGGGGAAACGGAAAGCUGAUGUGAACUUCUGCAUUUGAUAGAUCCUUAGGGCACCUUAAUGAAAGCCUGAGCCACCAUUUGUUGAGUCUUCACUGGAAUUUCAACUCUUCGUGUUUUGCUCAUCUAAUCCUUCUAUGCCACCAUAGACAAACCCUGCAGGCUAGGGAAAGCUGAUGUAAAAAAGCCACUAUCCACUGAUGGAUGCUAGUUUUGUAAGCGACAUGUACUUGAAUAAGUUGUUCCUUGUAACAACUACUGCAUGAUUAGGGUUGUGAACAAUUCCAACGGCUUGUAUGGGCAGUCAUGCUACAUGUAUAUAACAACUCUUCAGAUAUGAGCACAGAAAAACGAAACCCAUUGCCUACUGGAACAGGGUGGUCGUUGUGUGAGGCCUAUGGGCACUUCAAAAUUCAUUAGUCAACAGGUUAACAAUGAAUUGUGAGGCCACACGAGGAUAGCAUCACGAGUCUCAGAGUCGCAUUGAUACCUGCAGCUUUUAAACCUACUAAUUUGUGUAUCAGUACUAGUAGUUCUUGUGUACUUUGUUGUGUUUGACCAUUGAGUAUAAGAAUUAAAGAAGAGCGGAAUGGGUAAAUCUGAAUGGUCGCAACAGUUUGGGAACCUAGCCAUCAAAAGCUCUUUCAUCAACAACCUAGGUUUGCUUCUUGACAUGGUUGUGGACGGCACUUUCUGGUGGGCCUUCAACUGUAGCAGAGAUAGUGUACUUCAUCCUAUACCCCUGUCCAAAUGAAGAGAAUGGGCUGGAGGAAGAUUCUCUGAUAAACAAUUGCUGUAGGUUCAUAACUCCUUAUAGAUGGUUACCACAAGUUUCCUUGAAUGUGCGCAGAACUGCCAACUUUAACUUUCACCUUUCAGGGAGAAUUUACUGAGGAAGAAGGGAGAUUUUUCUCAUUAACACACAAUCCAUUGAAAUAAAUCAAUGUAUGUAAUGGGGAGAUGUUAAAAAAUCUGCAGUUUCUCACUCAAAAAUCAGUCAAUUUUCAGGGGUCUCUCUGACUUGGCAACCCUUUAUGCACCCCUGUGGUAAUGGAGAGAAGAGUAUGGACAAACAAAACAAGUUGACUUAAGAGCCAUUUGCCCUUGUACACUUGGAGACCAUAUAGGAUAGGAGAAAGCAAUUGUAACUAUUAUCCAUGUUUCAAGUCUACAUGUAUCUUAUGAUGUUUACAGAUAUCUCUGUAAAAUGUAAAAUGGAACAAAAUAUCAAAAGUAAAGGAAAAAAAGAGAUUAUGAAUAAGAUGAUUUUUAUUCUUGCCAAUAUGUAUAAAUCAGAGAUAGAUGUAUUUAUAAAGUUAUCAUCAGGAGGACCAGGUGGCUGUUUCAUAAAGCUGUUCGUAAGUUAAGAGUGACUUUAAGAACGACUGGUGAUCCUUUCUUGUGGUAAAUGAUAUUCACCAUUAAAUGUUAAGUUUGUAUCAUUUAGCACGUACAUGUAAGAAUGAUUCACCAGUCGUUCUUAAAGUCGCUCUCAACUUAUUUUAAGAACAGCUUUAUGAAACACCCAUCAGAACUUCUUUUAUCAUAAACUGCUCACUAUUUUUAAAUGAAAUGAGAGAAAGAGGGAGCUUCUGGGAAGUUCUUGCAUUAGAUUAAAGUUAACUUUUCAAGUCUAAUGAUCUUGCAAUUUUCACAUGUUUGCUUUAUUAAACUUGUAUUACAAGAUGUUCUUACCAAUCUAUGCACAUUUGCUUGCUGAUAAUGCACUGAAUUAUUCAGGGAAAUUUGAAAAAGAGGAACAAAGAAUAUUUUCAUGUAUUUCAAAGUUUGUCACAUUUUCUAGCAAUCCUAUUGUAUGGGACAAGUUGAUAAACUAUGCAAUCAAACUUUUGAAAAUCAUGUUCACAAAUGGUUGUGUUGAUUCAGACCAGGCACAGUGAGAAUUUUUGAGACUUAAGUUUGUGACGCGGUUCCGAAAUUCUGCAACAUUUCAUAUGUGAAUGUCAGACUCAAAUGUGGUCAAAAAGGUGAUUCCAUGCUGCAUGCAUAAAGUCAAUGCAAAUUGAAAUGACUGCGUCGUUUGGUGAAUUUUUACCUUCAAGGCUGCGCAUCUUUUGAAACUAAUUUUGCAAUGCUCGGAUACGUGGUUCCGAAAUUACGCAACAUUUUGUAAGUGCAUGUCAGACUCAAACUUGCUCAAAAAUGUGAUUCCGUGCAUAAAGUCAAUGCUAAUUGUGUUUUCAACCCCAAAAUCAUAUGUAUGGUUAUUUUUACUUUUUUUUUGGUUUAAAUAGAUUUAUUUUUAUGGUAUUUAUGAAAGCAAAAGGUUCUCCCCACAAAGUUCAUGUCAAUAAACAAAAACGAAAUUAAUUUUGAAAAACAAGGAAAUACAUAAGAAUUGAAUAAACAAUAAAAUACAUAGGAAAUUAAUUUUAUUUUGGCUAUUUUUUGUAGGUAUUUGUUAGAUAUGUAAAAAAAAAAAAGAUAUUUCACCAAAAUGUAGCAUCUAUUAUCUAUAUAAAGUAAGUUAGAGGGAAAAAACAUGCACAAAACACCACUUUUAUGGCAAAUUUCAUACACUAAUUUGCAUAAGUUAUCGAUUAAAAAAAUAUUUUAAGAAUGAUUUUUCUGGUGAUCGAGGUGGUCUGAAUACACCUAUAAAUAGCAUGUGCUUUGCAUGUUCGUGUUUGUAGAAUUCCUUGUGCCUUGCCGAUUAUUUGACCAAAUAGGGCCGAUUUAGGCAUACAUGUAUUUAGCUGUGUUUAUCCUCUGAUAUACUUUCAUUUAUGCUUUGUGUAAUGUAUCUUUGUGUGCAAUUAUUUGUAUCUUGUUAGUGAAUUUUACACUACAAUGUCUUCU